CUUUAUCCAGAUUCAUUCUUUCUAGGGUUUUCUUUUGUCAGCCGACCGCUGAAUCUUUGCAUCUACCAGCCGUGGUUGAUUUUCUCGGUUGAGUUGCGUUUUUCAUCGACCUUUGAAUCAGUUGUUGAAGUGAAUGUCAUAUGCAGCUGGUGUAUCAUGUCGGGUGAUAUGGUGUCGGAGCAAAUCUCUAUGCCAAGUAGUCAAGGUCAUGUAGAAGAUUUACCUGAGAAUCAGGAUAUGUCUGAAAUGACAAAUGUGAUUGAAACGGUGACAAACGAUCUUCCCAUGCAACAAAUGCCAGUUUCAAACAUGCAGUCAGGGCUGAUGGACUCUGCAAGCAGCAGGGUUAUGCUGCAGCAUGUAGACACAUCGAAUGCCUUUAUCGGGGUAUCUGACCCUAUGUCAUAUAGUUUUGCGCCACAGACCUUUUCUUGCCAACCUUCUAGUCUGAUGGAUUCUCAGUGUUCUACACCGCAGUUGCAGACUUCUGUAGCACAUCAAUAUCCUUCAGGAGGAUCGAUAGCUGCUUUCAAUAGCUCAGAUUCCGCACAGCUGAUGGGAAAGCGUAAAUCACCACUGGAGUCUGUUCUUAAUGGUUCUGCAUCACAGAAAUUGGACAUGCCUAAUAAGCGAGUGGCACAGAUGCAUCACAGGCCUUGGUUAGAGCAAUUUUCUCCAUCAAGUAAUCGUUCAAUGCAUUUGCUAACCUCCUCUCUUCCUUUGAAGAUGCAACAUGUUCCAAUGCUGACCAAGAAAGCAGUGCAAAUGGAGUCUGUUCCCAGUAAGGCUGCGAAACAAAUGAUGAACAAGAAACUACCUGUACCAUCACAAGCCUUGAAGAAACCACAGAAUGAAGGAAACGAGUCAGUGAGGUCUAAAAUGAGGGAAUCGUUAGCAGCUGCUUUGGCUUUGGUUUUGCAGCAAGAUGAUUGUAUUGAAGGGAAGAAGAGUUCUAAGGCCGGAGAAGCAAGUAAUUCUGUGAUAACACAAGAAAAUUCUCAAAGUGUUGAACAUGCUGUAGCUGCUAGUAUUGGCACACCUGCAGUUGAAGGAAGUGCAUCCACAUUGUCCAAUGGCGACGAAAUUUCAGGGCAGAAGGACGUCGAUGGAAAAGUUUUGUUGCAUGAGCAAUGCAGUGACACCCAGAUGAAAGAUGCUAAUCAAUCUGAACAAAGAUCUCAAUUCGAUGAGGUUUUCCCUCGAGAUGUUCCUUUUAGUAAUAGUAUUUUUGCCAACGAUGAACUUUUACAGGGUAAUGGCCUCUCAUGGAUUCUGGAACCUGUUUCAGAUCUUGGGGAGGCAACGGACAAGGAAACAGAUGUGGCACCCAACUCAGGUGAUGGAAACAAUGAGAGAACAGAUGGAGAAAAGUCGUUUCAGGAUCCAGAACUCUUGGCAACUAAAAUUGAAAUGGAACUUUUUAAGCUAUUUGGAGGUGUAAACAAGAAGUACAAAGAGAAGGGAAGGUCCCUUUUGUUCAAUUUAAAGGAUAAGAACAAUCCUGAUCUAAGAGAAAGAGUUAUGUCUGGGGGGAUCCCACCGGAUCGAUUGUGUUCCAUGACAGCUGAAGAACUUGCUUCUAAAGAACUUUCUCAGUGGCGACAAGCCAAAGCAGAAGAAAUGGCGCAGAUGGUGGUCUUGCGAGAUACAGACAUUGAUGUCAGACGUCUGGUGCGGAAAACACAUAAAGGUGAGUUCCAGGUAGAAUUUGAUUCUGUUGACAGUGGCACAGUGGAUGUUUCUGCUAGUGUCUCUUCGCGUAGUCGACCUCGGCCGAAAGCCAAGGCAAAGGAAUCAUCUCAUCCUACCAAAUCUUCUCUGAAGAAAGAUGGAUCCAAAGAUAAUGUCGCCAAAGGGAAUAAGGAAACAUCUUGCAAUAUCACUAUUCCUCCUAACGAUGGGACUGAUCCGAUGCAAGGUCUCUCCAUGGAUGAUGAGAUGAAGGAUGUUGGGUUUCUUCCUCCUAUCGUAUCGCUUGAUGAAUUCAUGGAAUCCCUGAACUGUGAACCUCCAUUUGAAAGUCCACAGAAAGAUGCUGGAGAGGAAACCCCUGAACAUGAGAAGAAUGACACAGAACCCAGUGAGAGAGAUUCUCCUAAAUCCAAACCCGAGAUGCCUAGCAUAGUUUCUUCUCCUAAAUCCAAAUCCGAGAUGCCUAGCAUAGUUUCUUCUCCUAAAUCCAAACCCGAGAUGUCUGACGUAGUUUCCCCUAAAUCCAAACACGAGACGUCUAAUAACGUAGUUUCUCCUAAAGCUGAUGCUAUCGUCUUAUCCAAUGACGUUGUCACUAAAUCCGAAAAUAGAGAUGUUGUUGCUGCUAUGAAGGGAGAAAAGAUCUGGGAUGGUAUACUUCAGCUUAACACCUCUUCGGUAGUCUCAGUCACUGGCAUUUUUAAAAGUGGCGAGAAAACUCAGACGAGCGAGUGGCCUGCGCUGGUGGAGGUUAAGGGUAGGGUGAGGCUGAAUGCAUUUUCAAAGUUUCUACAAGAUCUCCCGAAGUCUCGAAGCCGUGCCCUAAUGGUGAUGUACUUGGUUUGCAAGGAUGGUAUCUCUGAAAGCCAGCGUGGCAGCCUUUAUGAGGCUGCUGAAUCAUACGUUGCUGAGGAGAGAGUGGGUUACGCAGAGCCAGCCUCCGGCGUGGAGGUUUACCUCUGCCCACCACGCGGUGAGAUGCUUGAUUUGCUUGGCAAGAUCAUCUCCAAAGACCAGCUCGAUGAGGUCAAGCGUUUUGACAUCGGGUUGAUCGGGAUCGUCGUCUGGAGGCGAGCCCUCGCCUCUCCCGGCGCAGCAGCAGGCUCACGCCACAAACCCAGAUUCAGAAGGCAACAUUCUUCGGGUUCUAGGAGCUCCUCCGUCUUGCAGGAAAACAAGAGCUCAACUGUAAAUGUCACAAAUAAAACUGCUGUUGUUGGUUUGAAUGAUGAAAGAAGAGCUGCUGCAUCCAUGGGGAGGACUCAUGGUGAUGGCGAUGUUGACGGUGACGGUGACGAUGAUGUGCCACCCGGGUUUGGUCCCGGGGCUGCAAGAGAUGACGAUGAUCUUCCCGAGUUUAAUUUCAAUUCCUCCCGUGGGACGGUUCCUUCUUCUCAGCCACCACCGCCACAGCAAUCUAGGUCUAUAAAUCAAGUAAGGGAGCUUAUACACAAAUAUGGCAAGUCUGCAGGUGCCGGAAGCAACCGGGGAAUCCAGCCGUGGAAUAACAAUGAUGAUGAUGACGAUGAUGAUGAUAUACCUGAAUGGCAGCCACAGGCCCACAGCCACCCACUUCCACCGCCCGCUUCUCUCCCGCCGGCUCACGGCUAUGGAACCAAUGGAACGGUAACUACACAUACACAGCCACCUCGCCCGCCUCCACGGUCAGGGGACGGAUGGUGGGCAAAUCAGAACGGGAUGGGACAACUGUACGGAGUUCCUCCGGACGGUGCCCGGCCUAGGAACAGAGGAGUUUGAACCAGUCUUAGUGUAUUCUUGUUUUUUAGUUUUCCUGUAAUUACAGUUGCUUCGGCUCUGCAGGUUAUCUGUCUUACGCACCAUCUUCCUUUUUUUUUGGGUAGCAAGCAAUCAUGCAAUGUAAAACCUUGAAUAAUAAAAUGUUUUGCGUGAAGCUUUAAAACUA